AUGUUGAAGAGUGAGGUACCCACUACUCGAGGUUUUGGUACCUCUGCCGCAUUCAGUGCCAUCGAACGUCUGUUGCCAUAUCACGCGUGCUAUGAGCCAGGUGCUGAUGCGGACGACUCCGCGGCACACCUUGAUACCGUAAUUGCAAAUAUCGGCGCACGAGUACUUGCCAUUAACAAGCAGACCAAGUUGUGCCGGGAAGCCACAAAACGAGACGCAGCAAAGCGGAAGUUGAAUGUUGUGAAAUCCAUUGAGUUGGAAGAAUUAAGCCACAAGAGUGGACGGCUCCGGCAGGAAAGUAAGUCGAUCUCUGGUGAGGGUCGAGCUCAUGACGGUGAUGGCUUUGUUGACCCUCUACGACUCAUGGACACGCUAAGAAUGGAAUAG